CCCUCUCAUGACUUUUGCUGCACGUCGCGCGGAUUGAUCUUCCUGUGCUCGUGCAUUUGGCUUCACCGUUUACGCCUCUUCAACACACAGAACCGCAGUAGCAACCAGUCCUCAACAUGUCUGCUGGAAACGCUAAGAUCGGACAGCCUGCCCCUAAGUUCAAGGCCACAGCUGUGGUAAAUGGACAGUUUGAAGACAUUCAGCUCUCUGACUACAAAGGGAAGUAUGUCGUUUUGUUCUUCUAUCCACUUGACUUCACCUUCGUGUGUCCUACUGAGAUCAUCGCGUUCAGUGAACGGGCCGCAGAGUUCCGUAAAAUCGGCUGUGAGGUCAUCGCUGCCUCCACAGACUCUCAUUUCAGCCAUCUGGCAUGGAUCAACACCCCCAGGAAACAGGGUGGACUGGGCUCAAUGAACAUCCCAUUGGUGGCUGACCUGACUCGGACCAUCUCCCGUGACUACGGCAUUUUGAAAGAGGAUGAGGGUAUUGCCUACAGAGGUCUGUUUGUGAUUGAUGAUAAAGGCAUCUUGAGGCAGAUCACCAUCAAUGACCUGCCCGUGGGUCGCUCUGUCGAUGAGACACUGAGGCUGGUGCAGGCCUUCCAGCACACUGACAAAUAUGGAGAAGUUUGUCCUGCUGGAUGGAAACCAGGAAGUGACACUAUUGUUCCUGAUGUGCAGAAGAGCAAGGAGUUCUUCUCCAAGCAGUAACAGUGGUGCUGUAUUUGCCCAGAUUUGACUCCCACUCAGUGGAGUGCCAGAGCACUUGCCUUUAGCCUGAGAGUACUAGCAAAGCUGUCUUAGCCAACGUAACAAACCUUUAGCAGUUUAAAUGCACUUGUUAGAUUUCUGACCCUGUGUAACAUUUCCUUUCUGUCUGAAUUUGCUGUUCCAGUCAGCAACCCCCAUGCUCUGAAAUUUCUGUUGGUUUUAAAUGCUUAUGAGAUAAAUUGGUAUUAUUUAGGACACGGUGCAAAAUGUAAGUCAGUCUGAUUUUAUGUGAGCUGUUAAACAUUCUGGUUAUUUUCAGUAUGUUUCAGUAUGUCAAAUAAACAGGACGUUAUUGCAUUA